UGCAAACAUUGUCUACGCGUCGGGCUACAAAAUGAGUGAUAUUGGUCGUCAAAUACGCGAUCUUGAGGAAAUAGCAGCGUACUUUCGCGCCGAAAUUCGCAGAGCCGAACGGGACCGAGUCAGGAUUCCCGGAGAACUGACCGAAAAAAUCGUUAUGCUCGGCCGUAGUGCUAAUGCUAUCGAGAGUUACAUCAGCAGUUUACAAGAUUCGCGACGGGUAAACCGAGAGCCCAGCAGGGGCAGCAGGGCGAGUACUUUGUCCUUCCCCUUCUCCGAGGGACAACGCUUAAGUUUCGGAAGUUCUCGGGGAGGAGGCAGAGGCACCAGGACUUGGAGACCGUGAUCAACUUAUGGAAAUUUCAAAGAUGGACAGUAAGACCAUUAAUCAUAAGAAGCAUUUAUUUGUUAUAAAUUCCUCACAACUGCAAUUUGACAAGACAUAUAAUUGGCAGAAUCUUCAAUCGU